AAUCGCGGUGGAAGAGCACACAGAGUAGAAGAGCACACAGCACCCUCACCCUUCGGAGGACGGAGGAAAUGGCGGCGUCGCGGUACCUCAGCACCGCCCAGAGGCGGAGCUUAGGCUUUUUCGCGCCCAGCCGGGACAGAAGCUCCCGCCGGGUGUCUUCGCUCCGCUCUGCGCCGGUCCGCCAUGGCCACCUCAGCCAUACCCGGCUACUCUCCCGGCUUCAAGAAGCCGCCGGCCACGCUGCGGCUGAAGCGCAAGCGGCUGCGGAGGAGCGAUCACGCAGUCGCCUCCGCUCCUCCCGCGGCCUGCGGCGCGGCCCCGCGGGCCCCGUCCGCCCUCGCCCGCCGCAACCCCUUCUCCAGCCUGGACAACGCGCCCCGGGCAGCCGGCACCACCCGGACACGGGAGCGGCAGGACCUGCGGCCACCGCCACCCGCCCAAGGGUCCCCCUCGGCAGCUCCUUUCUGGCAGCUUUUGGAGCCUGUUAGUGAAGAUAAGCCUGUCAGGAGAGAAGAGCCCUCUGAAAGAAUCGACAUCCGCACCCUGACUGAUGAACUUCAUUUACCUGUUGCUGUACCCGAAGUUUCCUCUUCACCAAGACAUGAAUUUCCUGCAGACUGGAGUAUUAAAACACGACUUCUGUUCAUGUCCUCUCAACCUUUUACCUGGGCAGAGCACUUAAAAGCACAGGAGGAAGCUCAAGGAUUUGCUCAGCAUUGUAGAGCUAUAGAAACAAACUUGCCACAGAGCAUACAGGAACCAAAACUGUCCACGGAACUGCGUUGUGCCUUCCAACAAAGCCUGGUUUACUGGCUUCACCCUUCACUGCCAUGGCUGCAGCUGUUCCCUCGGAUUGGAGCAGACAGGAAAAUAGCUGGAAAGGCUUGUCCUUGGUCACAGGAUGAAGCUCUGCAGCAAGUGCUGAUGAGUGACUGGUCUGUAAGCAUUACUUCUCUGUACAAUCUGCUCAAAGCCAAACUGUGUCCCUACUUCUAUGUAUGCACCUACCAGUUUACUGUCCUGUUCCGUGCAGCUGGUCUUGCAGGAAGUGAUGUUAUCACAGCUGAAAUUUCUCCCACAACCAGAGGCUUAAGGGAAGCCAUGAAAAAUGAAGGCAUAGAGUUUUCUUUACCUUUGGUAGAAGAAAGUAGAACCAGAAAACAGAAUAGCCCUGAAGUGAAUUUGGAAGCAGAAGUUUCCAACAGCCUUGAAGUGGGCAACAGCAUGGAAGUUGGAGAGGAACCAGCUCCAAGUGAUGAUGAUGAUGAUGAAGAAAGUUUUUCAUGGCUUGAGGAGAUGGGAGUCCAAGACAAGGUUAAGAAACCAGAUGUGCUUUCUAUUAAACUUCGUAAGGAGAAGCAUGAGGUGCAGGUGGAUCACAGACCUGAAUCCCUUGUGUUAGUGAGAGGAACAAACACAUUCACCUUGCUGAACUUCUUGAUAAACUGCAAGAGCCUGGUGGCUGUUGCAGGUCCACAAGCAGGGCUUCCACCAACUUUGUUGUCCCCUGUUGCUUUCCGAGGUGGAACAAUGCAAAUGCUCAAAGCUCGGAGUAUAAAUGCCAAAGCCAGGGUUCACUUGGCAUAUGAGAAUAUAUUCAGUUUGGAGAUUGUGGGCCCUGUCCUGCCUCAUUCUCUGCAUUCACUGACCAUGCUGCUCAAAUCUGCACAGAGGGGAGCGUUCUCUGCUGUACUGUACACCCAUGAGCCAACUGCUGUAUUUAACACUAACCUCAAUAAUGCAAAUCCUGCCUUAAAUAAGGAAACCAUACACAAAGAUCUUCCUACGUGUGGACUGCAUCCUAAGACUUUGGAUCAACUGAGCCAGUGUCCAACAUUGGGAAAAUCUUCCAUCCGAUUUCUGGAAAUGAAGGAUUAUGCUUACACCUGGAAGUCCUAGGUGUAAUGCUAAUUCCAUUUAAUGGAAAUAAUGCUCUCUAGCAUAGUUGCUGUACUUCAUUUGGGUCUACAGGGGCAGCAUCUGUGCAGUACCAAGAGGGAUACAGUCUAGUUGAACACAACAGACAACCUGCCCAUCAUCCAUAUACACCACUUCAGAGGACUUCUAAAGGAAAUCAUAGAAGAGGCCUUGGACAUCUCCCUUUUGUAUUUUAGAAGGCUUUUUUUUAAAUAAAACUUGAUUAAACAUC